AGACGUGCCCUGGCCCAAAUGGGCAUUGAAAGCCGCAAGCCCAGGCCGUGAUGUUGGGGAAGUCGUCGUCGUUGCCGGCGAUCCUGGCAUUGGGAACCACCGGCCCCAAAUUGGCAGGCCAUGAAAAGCAGCAAUCGCUUCGAUAUGCGACGGGUGGCGACAAAAAAUCGGCAUUUGCUACCUUCAAAAAGCCUGACAUUAGCCAACAAGUCCUUGAAUAUGUCAUGGAAUUGCAGCGGCCGGGUUGGCGCCAGCGGGCCACGCCGGAGCCGGAGCAGCCUCCUGUGACAGAGGAGGACUUAGUGCCGAAAAAUCGGCGGUGCCCACGACUUAGCCCUGCUUGGCUGAAGCACGAGAAGCAGGUUCUCCGGUUCUACGCCUUUUUCCAGGAGUCUGUCACUGAGCGUCCCGAUGAGAACAGCCGCAAGCGCCACAUCAUCCUGAUGUAUUAUCUCGAGGAUGGCUCGAUCAGCAUGUCUGAGCCUCGCAUCGAGAACUCUGGGAUUGCCCAAGGCUCGUUUCUGAAGCGGCAGCGGGUGGAGUGGCCGGACGGAAGAGGAUUUGUGAGUCCAGAGGACCUGCGGUGCGGCAUAGAGAUCACCCUCUUUGGCAGGACAUACCACAUCUCCGGAUGUGAUCGUUUUACUAGAUGGUAUUUCGAUGAGCUUGGAAUCGAUGUGGGCGAGAAUGAAGAGGUGCUGGAUGACGACUGGCAGAAGUCCUACAAGCUUAGGAAGCUCGCAGAGCGGGGAAGCUUGCCUCCCUCACAGUUUGCAGUCGAGCAGAAGACCGUUGGGCAGUUUCAGAUGGGGGCUCCGCCGGUCACAAAGAAGCUGUCGCAGUUUCUGCUCAACGACCGCAAGGUUCUGCGCUUUCAUGGCUUCUGGGAUGAUCAUACCAAGUAUGGCGCUCGCACAUACUUCAACAUCCACUACUACUUGGCAGACAACACCAUGGAGUUCAACGAGGCGAAAUGCCGCAACUCCGGACGCUACGCAGCUCCAGUCUUCUUUAAGCGGGGAAUUCUGCGCAAGAAGAACGUGGCCCAUUGCGUUCCGGCCAUGCUGACAGAUGAGUCCUGCAUGUACCUUCCGGAGGAUCUUCGGGUCGGUGACUCUAUUGAUGUGUGGGGCCGCAAGGUGAUGCUGUACGACUGUGAUGACUUCACGCAGAGGUUCUAUCAGGACUACAUGCGAGUUGACCAGCGCGCCAAUCGCCUGGAUGUGUCUGAGCAGCCGCUGCGACACUUGAAGUUGAAGCCACCACCUCACAAUGGCGUAGGCAGGGAGGAGGACUCCUUGAUCUCGACGCAGAUGAUCAACGUGAAGGCACCCAAGGUGGACCUGGAAAAGCUCAUGGUCUACACGGGCGAGGUUCUGAGAUUUGAAGCCAAGAUGGUGAAUGGCUUGCCGGAAGACGAAAUGCGGGUGCUCGUCAUCGCUUGGUAUCCUCACGACGACGAGGUCGCAGUCUUCGAGGUGCCGGUCCGGAAUAGCGGCCAUUGGACCGGGAAGUUUGCCGACAAGAGAAGAAUGAAGAAUCCAGACACCGGGGAGAACUUCAAGCUGUCCGACCUCGUCAUAGGCAACACUGUGACGAUCGCGGGGCAGCCGCUGUACAUCACGCGCGCCGAUGAACGCUGCCUGCGCUUCCUGGAAGCGCGGCCCAAGCAGUUCCCCUAUGCAGACCCCGUUGCCUGCUGCCGGAAGUUGUCCGCCCUGAAGGGCGAGCCGGAAAUGCAGGAUCUGGCGGGCAUUGAGCCAGAUCGCCUCAAAGAGCUGGCCAAUGAAUUGUCCCUUCACCUCGUGGACCACGAGAUUGUGACGGUCCUGAGACACUGCGGUGCCACCGAUGAGGAGGGCAACAUCAGGAUCUAUGGACCUGCUGUACUGCGGACUGGCGCUUGAGGCCAUUCGUGAGCUGACCUGAGGUCAUCUCGUCUGCUUGUUUCACUCAGUUUCACUUCGGGGGCGGUGCCUGAACGUCUGACG